CCCACUUGGUGGAUGAAUUCACCCGUUUCGUCAACGGACUGGUGAGUCACGCCACCUAGAACGGUCACAAUGGCAGCAGAUUCCGACGAGGACAAAGUGUUUUUGGAAACAGCAAACGUCCAGGUCAAGGACGAUUACGGCAAUCUCUUCGAGGCAAGGGCCUUACUCGACUCCGGUUCCAUGUCGAAUUUCAUAUCCGAUGAAUUCGCUCGGAAAUUGUUGACCAGUCGCAACAAGGUCAACGUCGCUGUAUCGGGCAUUGGAAAUGCAGUACAGCAAGUGAAGGGUUCGAUCGUCGCAACGGUGCAGUCGAAAACUCAAUCCUUUGCUACGGAGAUGGCUUUUCUGGUGUUGGAAACGCCAUCAGCUCACAUCCCCACUUCACCUACGGACAUCUCAUCGUGGAAAAUACCGGACGUGGCAUUAGCUGACACCAACUUUAAUUUGCCGGAGCAUAUCGACAUCGUCAUCGGAGGCGAUACUUUCUGGGAGCUUCACACCGGUCGCAAGCGCUCUAUUGGCAUAGGCAAACCGUGGCUGGUGGAGACGCACUUCGGCUGGGUGGUAUCCGGCAACACGCAGCACUCAUCAACUGGCCCGCGGGUGUGCCAUCCCGCAACACAUGACAUCCCCCUGGAGGAAAUUAUGCAGCGCUUUUGGGAAAGCGAAACCAUAGCCGAGGAUACUGUGCUAUCGGUCGAAGAGGAUGCCUGCGAAAAACACUACACAUCGACAACCGUUCGCAAUUCAGCGGGAAGGUAUGUUGUUAGUUUCCCUUUUAAUCCUAAUCCAAAUGUCGUUUUAGGGGAAUCUAAAGCAACAGCCGAUCGUAGACUCCGUUGUAUGGAACGCCGUUUGGUGAAUAAUCCUACAAUGAGAGACGAAUAUGUAAAAUUCAUGCGGCAAUACGAACUUUUGGGUCACAUGAAGAGGCUUACUGGUCCGGUAGACGAUUCGACUCAACAUUAUUACCUUCCUCAUCAUGCCGUGGUAAAAGAGUCGAGCACAACAACGAAGGUUCGGGUUGUUUUUGACGCGUCGUGCAAGACGUCCAGCGGCUAUUCGUUGAAUGACAAGCUGUUGGUCGGUCCAGUCGUUCAAGACGAUCUUUUCUCCAUCAUUCUUCGGUUCCGUUUGCAUGCCAUUGCCCUGACUGCUGACGUGGAGAAAAUGCACCGUCAGAUUCUACAUCACCCUGACGAUAGAAACCUGCUACGUAUCCGAUACAGAGAGAGCCCUACAGACGAAAUAUCCACCUUCGAGCUACAAACAGUCACGUACGGUACAGCAUCUGCUCCAUUUUUGGCAACUAGAACUCUACGGCAGAUUGCUAUCGAUAACAGCGACACAUACCCACAAGCCAUAAACGCUGCUUUAAAUGAUUUUUAUGUGGAUGAUUUACUAACGGAAUCAAACGACAUUAACGAAGCCAUUCAACUGCGCACACAAAUUUCAUUAAUGUUAGAAUCAGCAGGAUUCUCACUAAAAAAAUGGGCAUCGAAUCGGUCAGAAGCACUAGUAAACAUUCCUGCCGAAGACAUUGCAAUCCAACCAACGCAUGAGUGGCAAGAAUCAAACCAUGUAUCCACACUUGGAAUCGUUUGGGAACCAACAGCAGACACGUUUCGGUUCCGUAUUGAUAUGCCUCCUAUCACAACCAUAAUUACCAAAAGGCUAGUUUUAUCCUAUAUUGCUAAAGUUUUCGACCCUCUCGGCUUGCUUGGGCCUACGAUCAUCAUUGCGAAAAUGUUUAUGCAACAACUAUGGGCGCUAAAGAAGGAUGGAAAGUCAUUUGACUAG